CACCCUCUCUCGUCUUCUCGGUACUUGCUGAAAUGGGAAACAGCAGCGAACUCCCCUGCUUCUUCUUCUUCUUCUUCUUCUCCCUCCUCUCUCCCCAUAGCUGUUCUCAGAGCCAACAAAGCUGCGACUCGAGCGAUUUGAAUGCGCUCCAGGGCUUUGUGGAAGGGCUCCAAUCGAGUGAUCUUGGGUGGAGCUUUAAUGAGUCGUCUUCUUCAAAUUGCUGUACUUGGGUUGGAAUAUCCUGUGAUUUGGGCUCUGCUCUGGUGAAGAGGGUGAUUGGUUUGGAUCUCUCCAAUAAGAGUUUAAAGGGCUCCGUCUCUUCUUCUCUUGGCGGAUUAGAUCAAUUGAAGCAGCUCAAUCUCUCCUACAAUUCCCUCCGUGGACAGGUUCCUGCAGAGCUAUUCCAUCUCCCCCAUUUGGAGCUCCUCGAUCUCAGUAUGAACAUGUUAUCUGGGCUUAUCCCUGCCGAAUCGAACCUAUCGUCGAUUCAGGUAUUCAACAUCUCCUUCAAUUCAUUCAACGGCACGCACCUGAUCCUCGCCGGAUCGAGCAAUCUAUCAGUCUACGACGUCAGCUCGAACAGCUUCUGGGGCCCCGUCGAUACAGGUAUUUGCAAUUCCUCUGAUUCCAUUCAACUGCUUCGGUUCUCGGCGAACAUGUUCUCCGGCGACUUCCCCGCCGGCUUUGGGAACUGCGGUUCCCUUUCCGAGCUCUCGCUCAAUACAAACGGCCUCACCGGAACUUUGCCUGAUGAUCUUUUUACACUAUCUUCAUUAACCAAACUAAACCUUCAAGGGAAUGCACUCUCUGGUACUGUGAGCACAAACAUUAGAAACCUUUCCAACCUUGUUCAUGUAGAAAUUUCCUUCAAUAACUUUUCCGGGGUGAUCCCGGAUGUAUUUGAUAGCCUAAGUGAGCUAGAGUACUUCGCUGCUUUUUCCAAUAAACUCACUGGGGGUUUGCCCCCUUCUUUGUCUAACUGUUCGACACUUGCUCUUCUUAUCCUGGGAAAUAACUCUCUUACUGGAACUAUUGCUCUUAACUUUCGAGCCUUGCCAAGGUUAAAGCACCUCAUCCUUGCAUGGAAUUUCUUUUCCGGUUGUAUCCCUCCCGAUCUUCCCAAUUGCACACAAAUGCAGCGCUUAAAUCUUGGCACGAACAAUCUAGUAGGCGAAAUACCCUCUAGCUUCAAGAACUUCACCUCUCUAGCCAUUCUCUGGCUCUCCGUUAACAACUUUUCCAACUUAUUCUCGGCACUACAAAUCCUGCAGAGCUUGCCCAGUCUUACAGACCUUGCGCUCUUUGAGAACUUUCACGGCGGCGAACUUUUCCAACUUAUUCUCGGCACUACAAAUCCUGCAGAGCUUGCCCAGUCUUACAGACCUUGCGCUCUUUGAGAACUUUCACGGCGGCGAGUUAAUGCCGUCGGAAGGGAUUCAAGGAUUUGCUAAAACGGAAGUCCUUUCCAUUGCAUUUUGUGGUCUUUCUGGUUCUAUCCCGCCAUGGCUGGCAAAUUUGACCAAACUAAAA